CAUUUAAAAACCUCGCAGGUCGUGUUUUAUUACUUAUUAGGUCUAAAGCAACUCGCGCUGCGCGCUCGUGCUCAAUAGCUUUUUAAUGGCAGCUAGUUAAUUUACUAUGUAAUGGCAACUUUGAAUUGACAGUUGACCUGAAUGAUUUUUUCGAAGGAUUCAUGAAUCAUGGCGACGGUAUAUUUAUUUUAUGUCGCCUACGCGGCCAAUAUUCUGUUGGAUAAUUACUACGUUUCUAGUGUGUAGGCACUUGAGAACAUGUCCUAAUUUGACAUUUAAAUAUUUAAUUUACAUAAUCAUCUCCACGACCACUGCAGGAGUUUCUUCAGUUUUGUAAUUUGAAACUAUAAUAUUCAAGUUUCAUUGUGCCGUCGCCAUUUUGUAGCAGCUGUUGAAGAAUAUAAAAAACACAGGCAACAAAUUCAAGUAAGUCUAUAGAUCUCAAGACGAAAUAACUGCGGCUAUAUCUUACAAUUCAAUUUAUUGUUGAGUUUUAUACAGAAAAUAUACAGUGCGUUUACUCGGUUUAGUAUAUAUGAUGCUUCUUUAUAUCCUCCUAGAAUCUAGAUUACUUCGCCAAGCAUUGCAGUUUUAAAACGAUCAUAUGUAGAUAAUUUAUCAUUAGAACGUUCUAAUUUUGAAAUAAAAAAACUUACAAUGUUUCUGAGUGUAAAUGAAUAAAGCUUUGCCUAUAUUGUAUUUUGAAUGAUGUGCUCACGGGUUAGCGGGUCAUUCUGACAUUCUAUAGGAUGUAUUUGUAUAAACCUGCUAAAUUCCUGUCUAAAUACCAUAUCUUCUUUCAAAAGCUGUCUCUUUCGAUUUGUAUGAAUAUUGUUACACGCGCUUUCACAAAAUUUGCGACAUUCCCACAACCAUUAACGUUCACUAUUUUAAUAUUGUGCAAGAGUCAAGAGUUUGGCCACUCAGACCUGAUGGCUUUGAACAGAUGUUGAGCUGUUCCUUAUAUAUAGAAAUAUAAAUCGAAAUCACAGGCUUUCCACAAGCCACCACUAUAAACUUCCGAAGACGGGCCAUCGCUCGAAACAUCGUUAUUUCAUCAUAACAUUUUCAUAUAGUUGAGUCUCUCUGGUAUGUACUGUAUAUGCCGACUUCGACAAGUUAACAAUUAAUAGCAUAAUAUCUCAUAUCUCAUGCGUGCUAGCAGUACAAACCAUCUUUGUCUAAAACCUUGUUAAUAACAUGCUGUAGGAAUUACUGUAAUAAUCUUUAUACCCAUACAUUAUGGUAUUUAGUUGAGAGUUACAUUUCCCCUGUAUAAAUGCCUACUAGAAAGCUAGCAACCCAUGACUAUUGCAUGCAUUCAAGAAUAUGGUAAUGUUUUUACUAUAAUGACUAUAAUAGAUAUUGGUUUAUAAAUUAACAGUCUGUACAAGAAGUUUCGUAAUUGUUACACACUGCGAAAUGUAGUGUUUAUGUGCUUAAAAUUUAACGAUGACUCCUCGUGUGUUAAUCAAUUUAUGCAAUGUGUUAUGACUUAUGUGUUUUAUUCUUUGCUGAAUAAAUGAAUAUCUAAUUAUUGCCAUAAGCAUACAAAGAAUUGUAUCAUAGUUAAUAGAUGGUUUGGAAACUCGAGCUCAUUAGAAUAUUCUGAAUAACAAUAUAACUCAUUAUCUAUGUUAGUCAACGUUUAUUCAUAAAUAUGGUCCUUCACAGUCACGUGUGCAUUGUAUUUUUGCCAAAUCCACCAAUAGUAAUUUCAAUUUAUCGUAUUGUUCGAGUCACGGAUAGGUGACUUUCCUAAGACAUUGCUAUUGGUUAGUUGGGCAAAAAUACAAUACACACGUGACGGUGAAGGACUAGAUUUAUGAAUAUACGUUGACUAACAUAGAUAAUGAGUUAUAUUGUUAUUCAGAAUAUUCUAAUGAGCUCGAGUUUCCAAACCAUCUCUUCUAUUAACUAUGGUUGUAUCACAAACAAUUUGUCAAGUACUUUCACUGUCAGUUUUCAGAGUGAAAAAAAUCCCAAUAAUUCUUCUCAUAUAUACUACCCUAGCAUGUAUUUGGUGGUAAAUAAAUAUUAAGUUUAUGUAAAUUAAUUGUCUUGCACACUUUGUCAAGUUGAUCGAUCAAUAAGUUUUCUAUGACACGUUUUCCUUGAAGUUUUGUUGCUCGGGUAGGACGUAACGUUGCUAAACAUUUAUCUCACAUCAAGUCCAAGUUUCUUGUUCUCAACCUUUCCUUGGCGGUCGUACACAGGAACAAAUGUUCUUUGUCCAAAAGCUGGAAAUGACUAGCUUUGCAACAAGGCCAAAUUGUCAAUAUUUUGCUGUACACAUGUAUGAGCAAAUAAAAAUUGUCAAGGAAAUCUUGCUCAUCGGUAUGGGGCUGCAGUGUGAACAAUAAGGAAGUUGAUAACCAUCUUAAAUGAACUCUGCUUCCCGGAACCCGAUGAAGACGUGACCAGAGUCCACUCCUUUAAGCUGCUUCCUUUGCGGAUCCGCCGAAUAUAUUGCCCACUGACAAGAACAAUAAGUGAGAUAGAACUGAUAGAGCUGUCCAGUAUAAAUAAAGUUAGUUUAGUUUAGUUUAGUUUAGUUUAGUUUAGUUUAGUUUAGUUUAGUUUAGUUUAGUUUAGGUUUCUUCCUGUACGUAGUAACACUGGAUCAAUACGAGACGAUGAUCCUUACUGGACCUCUGGGGAGAAGUUUAGAACUAAAAGAGAUAUCCAGUUUAUUUUUUUGUACUUCUCAUCGGCAAUCAACAAUGGUCAAUUGUUUUUCUUCUAGAAAGAUGUUGAGACUCAUAGCAGUUUUUGUCCUGGUCUGUUUAUUCAAUGGUCAGUACCAGCUCUUCUUGGCAUCGUUCAAGAUGUUUUGUUCUUAAACCAAUGGUUACUGACAAACUGUUUUUCAAUCCUAGGUCUUCAAGUGCAGGCACUGACAUGUCUGUGCACAGGGAGUACAUGUGCAAAUAACGUAACAACAUGUACAGAUGCCACCGAGAUUUGUUACGCGGCAGUGAUCAGACUGAAAGAUGGCAACACUAGAAUCGAAAAAGGUUUGUAUUUCUUAUAUAGUUGAAGGGUAUUGUACAUGGAAAUUGUCGAGUGGAAAUUUAUAGACAUUUAUUACACCUAACCAGGAACAGCUGCGAAAAAUACAACUCUAGGUCCUGGCAGGAAUCGAAACUGCGGCCCUGCGAUUCCAGUGCAGCGCUCUAACCAACUGAGCUACAGAGGCCAGUAGUCGAGCUCUAACCAACUGAGCUACAGAGGCCAGUAGUCGAGCUCUAACCAACUGAGCUACAGAGGCCAGUAGUCGAGCUCUAAUCACAAGUUCUGUUUAGUGUUUCUCGCUCAGUUUACUAACGAAAACAGCGAAGAUACGUUUACAUGGUACGAUUUGAAGGACGUUUGCUACUUUAAGUUGGUGAUUUUGUCAGAUUUGUUUGCCACGCAUUUUUCAAUUGUCUCCACAGAAAUUUUAGGUGAUACGCGCGUGACACCUCUGGUAGCAAUUCAGUGUUGGUUUUAAAAUUUAGGCCCGUGUAAACACGGAGUGAUAGCUUAUACUUGUAAAUACUGAAAUAUUUCGGUUGUUUCGGUAGUUUUUAUUGAAAUUUUUCAGCAUAUCAGCAUUAUUUUACACCCUGCUCGGUUUCCUUUGUUCUUAUCGGGGGAAUAUAUUCAAUAUUCCCCUCUAAUCAAUUUCCCUCUAAUAUAUCCCCUCGUUGCCUCAAAAUAACCUACACUGUACAUAUAUGAUACCUUACUUCACACAUCACCUCUGCGCGGAUAAAUUAAAAGCUGGAAUUGCCUUUUCAAUAUAAGAAACGUCAUCAAUGGAACAAAGCUUGUCAAAUACCAUCUUGAGUUCGUCUGGUGUCGUUGAUCGUGAUUUACAAAUAUCAUUUUAUUUUAGGUUGUAAAGAUAGAGCCGAGUGUACAACCACAGAUUUCUGUCCUGUUCGUGCAGAGGGUAGCGUCUGUGCGAAAUUUGGCUGCUGCACCUAUGGCCGCUGUGUGGCCAAUUACACCUUGGGUGUAGACUUCGAAACCCCAACCCCUUCCCCGACACCCUCCACCACCCAAAAGCCACUUAUGGCAAAAUCAUCCUCCCUCGAACCUUCGUCAUCUGUCGUUCCUAUGACAACAAAACCUGAAAUGGCAGCCACAAGUACCGACCAAGCAAAAAUGCCCGCCACCAGUACCGUCCAAGAAAAAAUGCCCACGACAAGUACUGUCCAAGAAAAAAUGGCCGCUACCAGUACCGUCCAAGAAAAAAUGCCGGCGACAAGUACUGUCCAAGAAAACUUGCCCGCCACCAGUACCGUCCAAGCAGAAAGGACUUCGGAGCCCGUGAUGCCAACUCCCAAAAUGACAGCGGUUAAACCUAUGACGUCAGCGCAACCGGAAAUGAAGUCGACUAAGGAAAGCAUGAUGCCAAGUGUGCAGAUUGCACCAAGUGGAAGCACAGACAGAAUUGCUACUAAACACGUUUUCAAUACAGAUAACGUUAUUCUACCACAAGAUACACGGCCCACUUGCUCCAGUGCAUCAGGACGCGUGUUCAGUUUGGGUGCAUUUGUCCCUGUAGCGAUUGGAUUGUUGUGCGGAAUGUUUUAACAUCCCCCGCGUAUGUGUGAAGAUUACUUCAUUUAACUUAAUUUUGCUUGUUAAAGUAGCGCUCUGCAGUUUAUAUAUCAAGAUGUACUGCAAGAUGUAGUUUCCAUAAAACAUAGUCAAGAGACAUGACCGGCUGUACCAGUGUAGGGACAAUAACAGCAGAAACCUGCACAUUGAGAUGGAUUUAACUGCCUGAAAAAUACAAGUGAAACUGCGACGUUUCGAGGCCCUAACAACCCGACGAAGGAUUUUUCCAGGGUUCGUGCAUGCGAGAGUCAGGACUUUUCAACGACAUUCAGGGCCAUGUAUCAGCAAAUUCAAGGACUAAAUACUGAUGAGAAGGGGUUAGAAAUCAGUAAAAUCCGACGCUGAAUUUUAGCCAUUUCCCAAAGUCCUCGGUCUAGUCGCGCAAAUCCCAUGUUGGAGGGACAAGAAAUAUGGCAGCACAUUUAAAUUAAACGUUUAAUGUAAAAAGGAGAUAUUUAAUUUUUGGUCGUCUUAAAAGUUGAUAUGUGAUAGAAGAUACUUCUACUCUUUCACAUAUUUGACGCCUGUCACCAUAUAUUUUGUCCCUCCAAAUGAUCCCAGAAUGCACUGUGAUCUCUUUUGCGGAAAAGGGUAGUUGUUCAAAACGAAACCUUAAUGAAUUUCAAACAGCUUUGUCAGAUAUGAACAUGCAAAAUCAAUUCAACAAAAUGUCCGUUUUGAAUGUCAAACAAUUUCAGAAAAUAUUCAUAAACUAAAGCAACGACUUCAAGUACUUCUUUACAAAUUCAAGGACAUUCAAGCAUAGAGAUUAUAAAUAACACUAGAGGAGGCAUCGAGUUUAAAAAUUGGGAACACAGCUAAUGGGGGGCAAAUUCAAGUCCCGGAUAUAAAAUCGUACUCUCAUUGGCUGAUUUGAAACUCGUCACCAAUGGAAACACGAAUACACAUCCGCGACUUGAAUUUGCCCCCCAAUAGUCGCGUUCCCUUUUUUUUACUGAAUUAAGAUUACAAUGCCUCCUCUAGUGUUAUUUAUAAUCUCUAUGCAUUCAAGGACAUUCAAGGACUUUCAAGGACUUGGAUUUUUGUUUUCAAAUUCAAGGAUAUUCGAGGACAUUCGAGUUUUGUAUGAACCCUGUAAUUUUCGCUGGAAACGUCGACAUUUUUCUUGCAUUUUUCAAGUGGUUAAAUUCGUCUCAAUCGGGAGUUUUGGGUGUGGCGUGCUAUCCUAAAUUCAAUUAUGCUUUUAAUUAUUAAUUGGUGCUGGUCUGUUGUUGUUUUAAUAAUAAUACUAAGAUAAUACUAAGAAACAGUUUCACUUCAAAGGAAAAUAAGAUUAUAUAAGUUAUAUUAGAUCUAUCCAAAUUAAAAAGUGAGAAAUAGUACUCGUUAGUAUAUUUUGGACAUAAAAUUGCACUGACGUGUCUUUGUCAAGUUCAUAACCCUGUGAGUAUUAAUAUGUGUAUUCCAGUAAGCAGGGCCGGAGAUACGGGGUGUGUGUGUG